UGUCGCCAAAAAGGACCAAGUAGAAGAUGACGGCUGAGGAAGCAUUGCCAUUUUCAGUUAAUGGUUAUUUCCAUUUGUCACCAAAUCAUUAUUUUUCUCCACAAUCAUCAUCGUCUUUUUUGACCCUUUCCUGCUCCACUCUCUGCUUCCUCUAUGUCAUCUCCCCAUCUAUCCAAACCCUAAUUCCCUCUCCAAAAUCCAAUGGCCACCAAUAAAACACACAAAAACCACACCUUCAACGGCGACUCCACCACCACCACAACAAAGAAACCAAAACUUUCGCCAGCAGUUAUCACCGAAUCCGAAAUCCAAUCCGAAUUCUGCCAUCAUGACGCCUCCGUCGCUAGAAUUAACAACGGCAGCUUCGGUAGUUGCCCUAACUCCGUCAUUUCCGCACAACAUGACUGGCAACUCCAGUUUCUUGAACAACCAGACAAUUUCUACUUCAAUAAACUGAAACCAGGAAUCCUUCACUCUCGAUCAAUCAUCAAAACCUUAAUCAACGCUAAUCACGUUGACGAGGUCUCUCUCGUCGACAACGCCACCACCGCUGCCGCAAUUGUUUUACAGAGAAUCGCUCGGUCAUUCUCCGAAGGUAGAUUUAAUAAAGGUGACGUGGCAGUUAUGCUUCAUUAUGCAUAUGGAGCAGUUAAAAAAUCUGUUGAAGCAUAUGUUACACGCGCUGGAGGUCACGUGAUUGAAGUUCAGCUACCGUUUCCGGUGAAGUCGGAGGAGGAAAUUGUAACUGAAUUUAGGAAAGCAUUGGGAAGAGGGAAAGAGGAUGGUAAAAAAGUAAGAUUAGCUGUAAUUGAUCAUGUUACUUCAAUGCCUAGUGUAGUUAUUCCUGUUAAAGAGUUGGUUAAAAUUUGUAGAGAGGAAAAUGUUGACCAAGUCUUUGUUGAUGCUGCUCAUGGAAUUGGGUGUGUUGAUGUUGAUAUGAAAGAAAUUGGUGCUGACUUUUACACUAGUAAUCUGCAUAAAUGGUUUUUUUGUCCUCCUUCGGUUGCUUUUUUGUAUUGUAGAAAGUUCGAUAAAGGCGGUCUAGGUACUAAUAAUGAUGAUGAUUUACAUCAUCCUGUUGUAUCUCAUGAAUAUGGUAAUGGGCUAGCUGUAGAAAGUGCUUGGAUUGGAACUAGAGAUUAUAGUGCUCAAUUAGUAGUUCCUUCAGUUUUGGAAUUUAUCAACAGAUUUCCAGGUGGGAUUGAGGGAAUUAAGAAAAGGAAUCACGAGACUGUGGUGGAAAUGGGGAAAAUGUUGGCUAAAGCUUGGGGGACCCAUCUUGGUUGCCCGCCUGAGAUGUGCGGGAGUAUGAUUAUGGUUGGAUUGCCUGUUUCGUUGAGAAUUUUUAGUGAGUCUGAUUCUUUGAAGUUGAGGACCCAUUUGAGGGAUAAGUUGGGUGUAGAAGCUCCUAUCUAUUUUAGAGCUCCUAAAGAUGAGGAGGUUGAUUGUGUUACUGGCUAUGCUCGGAUUUCUCAUCAAGUUUACAACAAAGUUGAGGAUUAUUACAAGUUUAGGGAUGCUGUCAACAAAUUGGUUAGUGAUGGCUUCACUUGUGCAUGUCUCCCUGAUUGAAGAGCUCAGGGAGGUAUGCUAGAAGUAUUCCGAUGAAUGAUAGCAACUAUUCUUGGGCAGUGGUCAUGGUUUCGGUACCAUGAAGCAUCAAUGUCACCCCACCCCCACUUCAAGAAAAUAAAACAAAGACGCUGAGAAACAAACUGCAGACAGGCGCCUGCAUCGAAGUUGCCAGCAUUUCUUUUCUUAAAGUUUUAUGAACUUUGUCAGUUGUACUAGAAAGAGAUAUUGACUGUACUAUAUGAUAAUUUUAGCAUUUGUAACUCUUCAACCAUGUAAAUGGACAUGACUCCUUCACAAAACCAUGAAUUUGCUUGCGUGCUGCAUUAAUGUGGGCUUGUAGAAGUUAUAAUCAUCCUUCUGGAUCUUACAUGUCAGGUUAAGGUGGCAUCUCCAGCUGAUUUGCUGAAUUUCAUUAAACAUUCAGUUGGAGAAACUUGCUGAUUCUGACGCAUUUGGAAUACCAUGUAUAAACUUUUACGUC